GUCAGGAAAAAAUUGGAUGAGACGACAGCGGAGCUCAAGAGGACGUCAAAGGAGCUGGAGUUUGAGAAACAGAAAACUGAUCGUCUGCUGUACCAGAUGCUACCAGAGAAAGUUGCGAUCCAGCUGAAGAACGGGCAGAAAGUUGAAGCAGGUGCGAUCAGAUCAGAUUUGGGGUUUAGAGUUUAUUGUGACUCGGUGUGGUGGGGAACCAAUAUAGAAACACACAGGGUGUGGUGGGGAACCAAUAUAGAAACACACAUGGUGUGGUGGGGAACCAAUAUAGAAACACACAGGGUGUGGUGGGGAACCAAUAUAGAAACACACAGGGUGUGGUGGGGAACCAAUAUAGAAACGAACAUGGUGUGGUGGCGAACCAAUAUAGAAACGAACAUGGUGUGGUGGGGAACCAAUAUAGAAACACACACGGCGUGGUGUGGAACCAAUAUAGAAACGAACACAGUGUGGUGGGGAACCAAUAUAGAAACGAACAUGGUGUGGUGGGGAACCAAUAUAGAAACGAACAUGGUGUGGUGGGGAACCCAUAUAGAAACGAACAUGGUGUGGUGGGGAAACAGAAACACACAGGUAGUGGUGCGGAACCAAUAUAGAAACACACAGGGUGUGGUGGGGAACCAAUGUAGAAACGAACAUGGUGUGGUUGGGAACCAAUAUAGAAACACACAAGGAGUGGUGGGGAACCAAUAUAGAAACAAACAUGGUGUGGUGGGGAACCAACAUAGAAACGAACACGGUGUGGUUGGGAACUAAUAUAGAAAAGAAAACCGUGUGAUGGGGAACAAAUAUAGAAAUUCACAUAGAUUAUACAUUGUCACUGCAUCCACUCACAUAGAUUAUACAUUGUCAUUGCAUCCACUCACAUAGAUUAUACAUUGUCACUGCAUCCACUCACAUAGAUUAUACAUUGUCACUGCAUCCACUCACAUAGAUUAUACAUUGUCACAGCAUCCAUUCACAUAGAUUAUACAUUGUCACUGCAUCCACUCACAUAGAUUAUACAUUGUCAUUGCAUCCAAUCACAUAGAUUAUACAUUGUCAUUGCAUCCACUCACAUAAAUUAUACAUUUUCAUUGCAUCCACUCACAUAGAUUAUACAUUGUCAUUGCAUCCACUCACAUAGAUUAUACAUUGUCAUUGCAUCCACUCACAUAGAUUAUACAUUGUCAUUGAAUCCACUCACAUAGAUUAUACAUUGUCAUUGCAUCCACUCACAUAGAUUAUACAUUGUCAUUGCAUCCACUCACAUAGAUUAUACAUUGUCACUGCAUCCACUCACAUAGAUUAUACAUUGUCACAGCAUCCAUUCACAUAGAUUAUACAUUGUCACUGCAUCCACUCACAUAGAUUAUACAUUGUCAUUGCAUCCAAUCACAUAGAUUAUACAUUGUCAUUGCAUCCACUCACAUAAAUUAUACAUUUUCAUUGCAUCCACUCACAUAGAUUAUACAUUGUCAUUGCAUCCACUCACAUAGAUUAUACAUUGUCAUUGCAUCCACUCACAUAGAUUAUACAUUGUCAUUGAAUCCACUCACAUAGAUUAUACAUUGUCAUUGCAUCCACUCACAUAGAUUAUACACUUUAAUUGCAUCCACUCACAUAGAUUAUACAUUAUCAUUGCAUCCAAUCACAUAGAUUAUACAUUGUCAUUGCAUCCACUCACAUAGAUUAUACAUUGUCAUUGCAUCCACUCACAUAGAUAAUACAUUGUCAUUGCAUCCACUCACAUAGAUUAUACAUUGUCACUGCAUCCACUCACAUAGAUUAUACAAUUUCAUUGCAUCCACUCACAUAGAUUAUACAUUAUCACUGCAUCCACUCACAUAGAUUAUACAUUUUCAUUGCAUCCACUCACAUAGAUUAUACAUUGUCAUUGCAUCCACUCACAUAGAUUAUACAUUGUCAUUGCAUCCACUCACUAAGAUUAUACACUUUCAUCGCAUCCACUCACAUAGAUUAUACAAUUUCAUUGCAUCCACUCACAUAGAUUAUACAUUGUCACUGCAUCCACUCACAUAGAUUAUACAUUGUCACUGCAUCCACUCACAUAGAUUAUACAAUUUCAUUGCAUCCACUCACAUAGAUUAUACAUUGUCACUGCAUCCACUCACAUAGAUUAUACAAUUUCAUUGCAUCCACUCACAUAGAUUAUACAUUGUCACUGCAUCCACUCACAUAGAUUAUACAUUUUCAUUGCAUCCACUCACAUAGAUUAUACAUUGUCAUUGCAUCCACUCACAUAGAUUAUACAUUGUCAUUGCAUCCACUCACAUAGAUUAUACAUUGUCAUUGCAUCCACUCACAUAGAUUAUACAUUGUCAUUGCAUCCACUCACAUAGAUUAUACAUUGUCAUUGCAUCCACUCACAUAGAUUAUACAUUGUCAUUGCAUCCACUCACAGAUUAUACAUUGUCAUUGCAUCCACUCACAGAUUAUUCAUUGUCAUUGCAUCCACUCACAUAGAUUAUACAUUUCAUUGCAUCCACUCACAGAUUAUACAUUGUCAUUGCAUCCACUCACAGAUUAUACAUUGUCAUUGCAUCCACUCACAGAUUAUACAUUGUCAUUGCAUCCACUCACAUAGAUUAUACAUUGUCAUUGCAUCCACUCACAUAGAUUAUACAUUGUCAUUGCAUCCACUCACAGAUUAUACAUUGUCAUUGCAUCCACUCACAUAGAUUAUACAUUGUCAUUGCAUCCACUCACAUAGAUUAUACAUUGUCAUUGAAUCCACUCACAUAGAUUAUACAUUGUCAUUGCAUCCACUCACAUAGAUUAUACAUUGUCAUUGCAUCCACUCACAUAGAUUAUACAUUGUCAUUGAAUCCACUCACAUAGAUUAUACAUUGUCUUUGCAUCCACUCACAUAGAUUAUACAUUGUCACUGCAUCCACUCACAUAGAUUAUACAUUGUCAUUGCAUUCACUCACAUAGAUUAUACAUUGUCAUUGCAUCCACUCACAUAGAUUAUACAUUGUCAUUGCAUCCACUCACAUAUAUUAUACAUUGUCAUUGCAUCCACUCACAUAGAUUAUACAUUGUCAUUGCAUCCACUCACAUAGAUUAUACAUUGUCAUUGCAUCCACUCACAUAGAUUAUACAUUAUCAUUGCAUCCAAUCACAUAGAUUAUACAUUGUCAUUGCAUCCACUCACAUAAAUUAUACAUUGUCAUUGCAUCCACUCACAUAGAUUAUACAUUGUCACUGCAUCCACUCUUAUAGAUUAUACAUUGUCAUUGCAUCCACUCACAUAGAUUAUACAUUGUCAUUGCAUCCACUCACAUAGAUUAUACAUUGUCAUUGCAUCCACUCACAUAGAUUAUACAUUGUCAUUGCAUCCACUCACAUAGAUUAUACAUUGUCAUUGCAUCCACUCACAUAGAUUAUACAUUGUCAUUGCAUCCACUCACAUAGAUUAUACAUUGUCACUGCAUCCACUCACAUAGAUUAUACAUUGUCAUUGCAUCCACUCACAUAGAUUAUACAUUGUCAUUGCAUCCACUCACAUAGAUUAUACAUUGUCACUGCAUCCACUCACAUAGAUUAUACAUUGUCAUUGCAUUCACUCACAUAGAUUAUACAUUGUCAUUGCAUCCACUCACAUAGAUUAUACAUUUUCAUUGCAUCCACUCACAUAGAUUAUACAUUGUCAUUGCAUCCACUCACAUAGAUUAUACAUUGUCAUUGCAUCCACUCACAUAGAUUAUACAUUGUCAUUGCAUCCACUCACAUAGAUUAUACAUUUUCGAAAAGGGUGAAAAUUUAAAUAGAUAAGGGAAAAACUAUUUCUAGAAACUACACUUUAUUUGAGGUACAUAUGAAAAUGUUCAGCAUGACUUUCACAAUCACAAAUGUCAACAAAAACCAUCCCAACAAAGAACAUAUUUGUGUUCAUGUCAUACAAUAUUUAUUUAGAUGAAGAAUUUAGAUCUGCAAGUUUAAAGAACUGGAUAGUUUACUGCAUUCUCUCAUCACCUUAUAGAGAAGUUUGACCACGUGACCAUUUUGUUCAGUGAUAUUGUGACGUUCACCAACAUCGCUGCGGCUUGCACACCGCUGGACAUUGUCAACAUGCUCAAUGAGAUGUACCACAGGUUUGACAUUAAGACAACAGUGCACGGGGUCUAUAAGGUAAAAUAGCAUGGGACAUAGUGGGGUCAAAAUGUAAAGAUCAUGGGGCAUAACAUGGGGUCAAUAAGGUAAAAUUUCAUGGGAUAUAACAUGAGAUCUAAAUGUAAAUAUCAUGAGACGUAACAUGGGGUCUGUAAGGUAAAAUUUCACUGGAUAUAACAUGGGGUCUAUAAAGUAAAUUAGCAUGUGACAUAACAUGGGGUUAAGGUAAAUAUCAUGGGACAUAACAAGGGGUCUAAUGUAAAUAUAUAGUGGGACAUAACACGGGCUCUAAAUGAAAAUAUCAUUGGAGAUAACAUAGGACUUAGGGUAAAUAGCAUGCUACUUAACAUUAUGUCUGAUUGUAAAUAUCAUGCGACAUAACAUGGUGUCUGAAUGUAAAUAUCAUUUAGAGUACAUGGGGUCUUUAAGGUAUAUAUCACGGGGCAUUGCAGGGGGUCCAUAAAAGUUAAGUGUACUGGGACAUUAUACAUGGAGACUGUGGACGUUUAUCUCAUGUUACGUUACGAAGGGUCUUUGAAUUCGCCAUCAGGUAGAGACUAUUGGUGACGCUUACAUGGUCGUGAGUGGGGUACCAGAGAAGACCGACGUACAUGCCCAGCCUGUUGCUGACUUUGCCCUGGACAUGGUCGAACAGGCGGCUUGUGUCAUGUCUCCAGCCACGGGGAAGCCCUUGCAGGUCAGUUGGGACGGAAGACCUGAACCGAAAAUUGGAACGGUUGCUCUGUGGGCGGGGCUGUAAGCGUGCCGACCUAAUUAUGUUUUGAAUGAAAUUGGUUUAAAAGUCUUAGACAAUAUAUUUGUACCAUUUGUGUAGAGCACUCUACUGUCUGAGUAUCUAUUACCAUGAUUUUUAUUUUUAAAAUCUAGAUUCGUGUAGGUAUCCAUUCUGGACCGGUAGUGGCCGGAGUUGUGGGCCUUAAAAUGCCUCGCUACUGUCUCUUUGGUGACACAGUUAACACGGCCUCAAGAAUGGAGAGCCACGGAAUACCUGGACGAAUCCACUUGAGUCCCACCACCUACAGGUAA